AUGGGCGAGAACAUUCCCGCACUGCUGCUUCGGCUUCCAACUGUUGAGAUUGAUGAGAGGCACGUGCGAGAUGGUCGCGUCACCAUGUCCUUGGAUGAUGCCUUCACUGCAGUGAACGCCUACUUCCAGCUUGUGGAGGACUAUUUGCAACAAGAACAGCAGGAACGGGCCUUGAACGUUGAAAAGGAUAUCAUUCCGGCGAUAGAUUUUGCGCUUCGCCUCUUCAACGCGGAAAACUUCAGUGGUGAAUUGGUGCCCGCGGAGAGGGCACGAUUGGCCUUUGUGCUGCAACGUUUUACCAUGGCAGAUGCACUGCUUGAGCGCUGCGUGCAGCGACUGCUUGUAAGUGAUGGGGAAAUGCCCCAUCCCUGUCUGCGCCUGAGUGCUUUGCUGCUGUGCACCCUGGCCAUUGUCUGCAGCAAGGUGCAAGGUAGUGCGCAGUCGCUUGUGCCGUAUCAUUCUGUAUGGCGUCUGCGAGUUCACAUGCGUCACCAACUCGUGCUGCAGCAUAGUGCGCAUUCCGUCUUUCUUCACCUAUCCGCCUGCGUGGACGCAGCUCUGGCGCUGCCAGAGGCCCAGCUCAGUGUCGAACACCUCCUUGAGAUAGGCCAUGUGCACAAUUAUUACCACCGACGCGACAUCGCCGCCGAAACGUUUUGGCGGGCCGUGCACAAGAGCGGCCUUACCGUAUCGGAGAGUGCCAUGGUGGGUGUGCGCACCCGAUGGCAACGACAUCAGCUUGUGCAGAUGGUCAUGAAUGCGCAGAGUGCGUUGCCAUUCACACCUCAGCCCGUAACCGAUUCGCCGCGGGUGGUGAUGAGCGAAAAGGACGGCCAUGACCUCCUUGACCGCCCGCGUGAGACUCCAGAGACGCCGGCACCCCCGCUACAACCACUCCAUCCGAUAGACAAGGCCAUCAUUCUUGCCCUCUGCCUUGACAUUCGCAACACCAACCCGUAUCAUGGGCUGACGCAGCAUCACAUGCAAACGUACGUGGAGCGACUAUUGGUGGACCCAGCCCCGGCCCCAUUUAUGAUUCAAUGUCAAACACUUCUUAUGCGCAGCCGACUGGAACGUCGACGCAACCGGGUACAGGAACGGGCCUUUAUGCAGCUGACAGAGUUGGUUGAUCAAUUCUCCAUGAACCGUGAACCCACACGCGAGACAUUUUACCGCACAGAAAGUGACUACUUUUAUAGUGUGGCUUAUCCUUCUAUUUGGCAGUUAAAGAGCGAAUACGCCGAUUUCUGCUACGAGGAGAGUCUCUUUAAAACGGCUCUUGACGCCUAUGAGCAGGUGUUGGAUUGGGAGAAUAUUAUUAAGUGUUGCAAGGCACUGGACAAGCGAAAACGGGCGGAGUCUCUUGCACGUGAGCUACUUGAGACCGAUCCAUGUAAUCCUUUGCUGUGGGUGGCGCUAGGGGAGGCAACACGCGAGGUAUCGCAUCUCUGGAAGGCGUGGGAGUUGUCUAACCACCGAUCUGCGGCCCCGAUGCGCGCGUUGGCGCGGCUGGCACUUGAACGUGAGGAGUACAGUAAGGUGGUAGAGUACUUUGAUGAGGCAGUGCGGUUGAACCCCGUGUUUGGCGGAGACUGGUUCUCGCUUGGGUACGCCGCGAUGCGGCUUGAACAGUGGGGUCGCAGCGGGGAAGCCUUCACGCAUGUCUGUCAGAUUCAGCCAAAUAAUGCAUACGCCUGGAACAACCUUGCGUCGGUACUGCUGCGGAAUGGGAUGCUUCGGCCUGCUUUUAACGCCAUGAGUCAGGCGCUGCACAACAAUCGUCGUGACUGGCGCAUGUGGCAGAACUACUUUUCCAUUGGCUGUGAGCUGAAGGAGGUAACAGAAACGACAAACGCAAUGAAUGUCCUGCUAGAUAUUGCGAAACGCAAUACACGCUUGGAGCGGGAAUCCUUGAACCGCUUUGUGGAUAACGCCAUUGCGUACAUGGAGGGACGCAUCCCCGCAAGCUCUAGGGAUCAAGUGGAGGCGGUGGAUGUGUCUCACGCCUCCGUCGCUUUGAUGGAGGAGGAUGGUGACGCUGAGGAGGAGCAAAGCAUGUAUGAGCUUGUUCCGCUGGGGAGUGGUGUGGACAUGCCUAAUGCGUUUUUAGAACCCAGCAAGACGGAAGCGUCAGCGGCAGAGGCGGGGCGGGUGCGUGCAGGCAUUGUGGGCCGCUACAAGCAACGCAUGCGAGACACCUUUAAGCGCAUCACCGACCUUUUUGUAACGGACCCGGACAUCUACCAUUGUGGAGCGAAGUUGCUGCGUUACAUGGACGGCCCGUUGAGGGCGUACGAGAUGCGUCUGAAGGAACUACGUUGCUGUCAGCAGAAGGAUCAGUGGGAACGAGAUGAAACCCGCUUUUCCCGCACCUGCGAGUGUCUUCACGAAAUGGCGGGAGACGCUCUCGCCGCUCUUGAAGCCGCGCUGGUGGCUUCCACGGCAGCAGCAGAUCAGGACGAUGUGCAGCGCGGGGUACUGGCAGCGUUGAAUGACACGCUGAGCAACACAAUGGCCGUCAUUGAGGCGGCGCAGGAUUACAUGGGCGAGUCCACAUCCUACGCCAAACUGCGGUCGGUGCUGCUGCCGCAGCUACAUGGCGGCCUGCAGAAGGCGAAAUCGGCGUUUAACUCGGGCUAA